AUGGCGGCACCAGUGUUUGUGUUUACUGGAGAACUGUUGCACCAAGCAGCCAUCUAUGAUCAGUGUGAUCUGCUUCGAUCACUGCUUGAAGCUGGAGUCCAUGGGGAAGCCAACAGCCGUGAUCCUCGCGGAUUGACACCUCUGCACACUGCAGCCCUUCAUGACAGCGUAGAAUGCUUAGCAGAAUUAUUGGAGUGGAAUGGUAAUAUUGCCCAUCAAGCAAAUCUUUAUGGCUGAAAUUAGCUGUUUGUUGGUUUUAACUUUAUUAUUUGACCAUACAGUGAGAUAAAAGUUUGAUACUUAUGAUCAAUUAUAUAUUUAUAAUAUAAAUCUAUACAUGUGACGAUGGCUUAUUGAUAUAAGAUCAACCCAUUGAAAGUCAUCAGACAGACCUAGCAUAUGACAGCAGAUUUCUUUUCGAAAUUAUAUAACUUCCUUAUUUAGAUUGUAAAAAGCUCAGAGAUCCCAAAGUUUUCCCUCCUUUUCUUGCUUUAACACCAAGGGACAACUGUUGAUACUUUUGUGCCAUCUGUUUGUUCGUUUUUUGGUUUGUUUUUGUCAUAACUGUUAACCAUUUCUGUGAUUCUUAACUCUGUUUUUUAGGAGAUACAAACAUACAGUCUGCUCCUGAGGAUAAUUGCUCUGUAAGUUUUUAGUUUUCUUUUUUUGAAAUAUUUAAUUUUUAUUAAUAAAAAUGAUGAUCAUUGCUUAUACUAAUUGAACAUAUACCCAGCAAAUUGAAAUCCUAGGGACAGCCCUGUAUGGUGAUCCAGAAGGCUCAAACACAAACAAAAAAGAAACCACAAAUAAAAAAAACGGACAGGCAAAUAAAAAACUAGAAAAUGUAAAUGAAAAAAAGAAAACGCAAAUAAAAUUAAGCACAACACAAACAAAAAUGCAAAAAGCAAAUAAAAAACACGGAAGUAAACAGGAAAUGCGAAGGGCCUUAGUUCUCGCAAGCCACCAUGGCCCAGUUGUUCGAACACUGGUUAGCGCUAACCCAGGGUUAAAUUUUAACCUGGGUUUCUUUUUUUAUAUAUAUCAAAAGCGCUCUCUUGGAUAAUUUUGUCUAUUUUUUUAGCAUAUCCAAUCAUCAAAUUGUGGGCAAAGAGAAUUCAACUGAAUUGGCUUUUUAAGCUCUCAUAUCUGAGUUUAAAAUUUGCACUAACCCUGGGUUAUCUUAACCCAGCUUCAAACAACCCGGCCCAUGUUUAGUGUAUUUGAUACAGUUGUAAUGGACAGCAGAGAAGUAAGGCGAUUAAUUGAACACUAUUUUCACUGUAGAUUUCAAAACCAAGUUAGAGUUGAUUUCCUUAAUAAUCAACAUGCAGUCACAAUGAGUCUUUCAACUUUGAAACGACUGCUUCGUGACUAUGGUCUAGGCAGACGUGGCAUGGACAUUAGCGAUCACAAAGUUAAGGAAAUCGUGCAAAGUGAAAUAUCUGGCUCCGGCGAACUUCGAGGUUACAGAGCAGUGUGGCACUCGCUAAGAUUGAAUCAUCACAUCCAUGUGCCAGGAGAAAGGGCUGCCAAUAUUCUUUGCGAGCUAAAUCCAGCUAAAACAAGAGAGAGAAGACAAAGAAGGUUGGCAAGGCCGAGAUACAUGUGUACCAGUUAGGGUCCACAUUUCUCAUUGUCAAAGGAAACUGUGUCUUGUGGGUUUGAUUGAAUCGCCAGAUACAUUUCAGUUCAGUGAACAUGACCUGGAAUGACCUGUUACGCAAGGAUGCUGAAAAUUUCUUCCGGUGUCUUUUUAUUGUAUUCAUUGCCCUAAAAAAGCCAUAUAAUGAAUAAUUUAUUAACCUUGUCCAUUCGGUCAUUACAGGUGAAUCUCAGACCUCGGCCUUGAUGUAUAUAUUGACCAUCAAGGCCUUGGUCUGAGAUUUCCCUGUUAUAAUGACCUCGCUCUCGGUUAAUACAUGUAAAUAGUAUAUAAUGAAGUCCUCAGUGUCACAAAUGAAAUUCUUCACCCAGUAAUAGUAAAAUAUAUGGAAAGAACCUUGAUAUAAACAAAAUCUUGUUGUAGCCAACAUAUUUUGCUAGUUCCCUGGUCCCUUAUGUUAAGGUGACUCAACCCAGUUUUUUUGAGGGGUACCAUCCUACUUUGAAGCUCUCUGGUAUCCCCACCUUAACUUGUAUCAUAAGUCUAACACAUAGAAUGGAUAACAUAUCGAUCAAUCUACAAUAUAACAUAAAAUUUUUGGUGAUCGGAGUAAAUGUCACAUGGUUAUAAUGCCACGCCCCUUUGAGGUCUGAGUCGAAAAUCUGCUGUUGCUGGCAUUUUUUCAUGAAAAUCUCUCGGCUACACAUAGUGCGCAUUAGUGCCUUGCCCUGAACAGAGUUUCACCAAAAUCACAAAGACCCAAUUCGAGAAAUUCAGCAGUUCCAAAUUUAGGUCAUAAUUUAUGCAAAAAUGAUAAGCAAACUUUACACGAUUAUACCUAAUAAACUAUGAGAUUCAUCCCUUUAUUUUUGGCAUCAUUAUAACAGAUGGGUGCUUGCAAGUCAGCAAAAUGCUUUAGGGCCUUGUAAAUGUGUGCGAUUUCGAGCAAAGCAAACAUAUAGAAAUUAUGGUUUUCGCUAUUUGUUGACGUUUGUCAGCGUUUAAGAGUCCUUCUCACAAAAAAAGCAUUUUCUUAAAAAUUCGUAGUUUUUUUUUCUUUCAAAUUUUUUCAGGGCCACAAUUGAUUAACUAACUUCCCAGACUCUGAAUUUCAUGGUCAUUGAAAAACUAUGACAUUAUCUUCUAUAAGCCCAAACUUGAGUAAAUAUUGAAGAUUUUUAGCGUUUUGGCGGAGUUUGUGCUUUGGGAGUUGUCUAUUGUUUCUAGUCUGUCAUGAUACAGCAUUCUUGUUCAGCACGCGUGCAAUAACCGCGCUUGGCUGACUUCCGAAUGCUCACUGAGAUAUGAUAAUUUUGGUACAGUGAGACAGGCCAUCGCGUGAUACAUAGAGGUUUCACUCACAAUUUUUAAACUAUUCUCGUGCCUCUUGUGCCUUUGGAAAAAAAUCAAGAAGUGCUACACACUAAAUCUACUUACUAUUAAAAAAAUAUCGUUUUUUCAUAGGUUUAAUGCAAGCCAAUAAUUAAACCAACUCGUGAUGGGAAUCCCUUCUAUUUUCUCAUACUAAAUUAUCAUAUCUUGGUGAGCAUUCGGAAGUCAGCCAAGCGUGGUCGUUGCACGCGUGCUGAACAAGAAUGCUGUAUCAUGACAGACUAGAAACAAUAGACAACUCCCAAAGCACAAACUCAGCCAAAAUGCUAAAAAUCUUCAAUGUUUACUCAAGUUUGGGCUUAUAGAAGAUAAUGUUACAGUUUUUCAAUGACCAUGAAAUUCAGAUUCCGGGUAGUUAGUUAAUCAAUUGUGGCCCUGAAAAAACUUGAAGGAAAAAAAACUACGAAUUUUUAAGAAAAUGCUUUUUUUGUGAGAAGGACUCUUAAACGCUGACAAACGUCAACAAAUAGUGAAAACUAUAAUUCCUAUAUGUUUGCUUUGCUCAAAAUCGCGUGCAUUUACAAGGCCCUAAAGCGUUUUGCUGACUUGCAAGGACCCAUCUGUUAUAACGAUGCCCAAAAUAAAGGGAUGAAUCUCAUAGUUUAUUAGAUACAAUCGUGUAAAGUUUGCUUAUCAUUUUCGCAUAAAUUAUGACCUAAAUUUGGAAACCACUGAAUUUCUCGAAUUGGGUCUUUGCGAUUUUGGUGAAACUCUGUUCAGCGCAAGGCACUAAUGCGCGGUAUGUGUAGCCGAGAGAUUUUCACGAAAAAAUGCCUGCAACAGCAGAUUUUCACCUCAGACCUCAAAGGGGCAUGGCAUUAUAACCACGUGACAUUUACUCCGAUCACCAAAAAUUUUAUGUUACAUUGUAGAUUGAUCGAUAUGUUAUCCAUUCUAUGUGUUAGACUUACAAUAAAAGUAAAGGUGGGGAUACCAGAGAGCUUCAAAGUAGGAUGGUACCCCCCAAAAAAAUUCGGUCGACUCACCUUAAAUCAAGUUUCCAGUGUAAUCUGAAUUACAUCUUGACUCAUCAACCUUCCUUCCUAUAUUAGAGCUUCAUGUAUUUUAUAUUUAUUUGAGAAAUAAUUAUUUCAGCACUUUUUGCUCUCUGCUCACAACUGACAUCAGUGUAAUGACUGGUUUGAUAUUAUUGUUGAUUCACAGACUGCCCUCCACCAUGCUGCUCGUAAUGGUCACCUGCGUUGUCUAAAAGUUCUCCUUGAUCAUGGAGCUAUAGUUGAUGUGAAGAAUAAUGAAGGCAAAACUGCAAUGCAGAUUGCAUUGGAUAAGGGAGAAUAUGACUGUGCUAGAUACUUAAAGACUGUGCAAGGUAUUGAACAUUAUUUUCUUAGUGAUUCUGGGACCUACUGUGUCUACUAAUACUUACCUGCCAUAUAAAGGAAGUGCCUUGCCUCCUCUGUUUACUGCCACCCCCCUCCCCACCCUCAUCUCCUAUGGACAAACACCACCUCCAUUCUAUUUUCAUAUUAUUUAUCUGUUUCUUGAUCCUUACCUCAUCAUGAAUCACCAAAAUCAUCCUGUGGACUGUGGGCCUUCCCUCCUUCCCUCAUCCUCGGAGACCCAGGGGCAGAUAGUGGGGGCGAGGGAAAGUCUAAAAGGGCGCAAAAUAAGGCACGUAGAAAAUUAAAGAACGGUGAGAAGAGCCCCUGGGGACAAUGUCUUACCGGACCAGUUCCAAAUGGUCGCCACCGUUCUGGCUUCUGAUUGGCGCCAGAAAACUUGUGUUUUUCGGGCACCAAUCAGAAGCCAGAACGGUGGCGACCGUUUGGAACUGGUCUGGUAAGACAUUGUUCCCAGGGGCUCUUCUCACCGUUCUUUGCUUUUCUUCGUGCCUUAUUUUUCCGCUCGUUUAGACUUUCCCUCGCCCCCACUAUCUGCCCCUGGGUCUCCGAGGAUGUCCUUCCCUCCGUCCAUCCAUCCUACCCCCCUAUCUUUCUUUCUUCUCUCCACGAAGAUGCUAGUGCUAGCUGGGCCAAGUACCUUUUGAGUGUGAACUAAAACUGGACAAAAUCUGGUGCUUGGACAAGGUGCAAAGAAAAUCAUUUUUACAGCAAGCUGAAGCUAGCAUUUACUAGCCCAGACGUCAUUUCAACUAGCGCCAAAAACGUUUUGUUCUUCUGUUAUUCAAAUUCCUCAUAAAACAUCACUUGCCCGUCGGGCAAGUUAAAAACAGAAUUCACUAGCCCGAUAGCAAAAUCCACUAGCCCCGGGCUAUCGGACAGUACUUUCUUUGCAGGCUGCUUGGAUGAUGCACCUUCAACUAUCUUCCCUGCAUCAUCCCCAGCCCUUACCUGUCCUUCCACCUGGUAGUCGCAUUCACAAAUUGAACUAGGUUAUAUUUAUUUUCUGUAACAUCCCCAGUGGUUAGUUAAUAUUCAACCCAUUGAAGCUAAAAUGGUUUAAAAAGCUUGGCCCUGGAGGUGUGAAGAUAUUAUCAUCAGUUGUUGCAUAGUAUGUGUUAAGAAAUUAAAAAACUCACAUAACGUUCUUACCAGGGUGCAAAGAAAGUCAGUUUUACCUCUUUGCCAUUUGUGCAAGCUGUAGCUAGCAUGUACUAGCCCAAGAGUCAUUUAAAUUAGCCAGAAAAUUAAUUUUUAUGAGCAGGAUUGAUUGCAGUUCUUCUGUAAUUUGAAGUCCCUAAAAAACUUCAAUUGUUAAGAAGAGAAUUCACUAGCCUGGUAGCAAAAUCCACUAGUUCCAGGCUAUUGAACAUCUAUUAUUUUUAAACAUGUUUGUAAUGAACAUGCCCUCAAACCCUUCAUGAUAUGGUGCUGGUGUUGUUUCUUAUCAGUAGGGUCUGUAAGUACUUACAGUACUUUUAAACCUCUUCUGCAAUUUUUUUUUGUCAUCAUGUAGAGAUCAGAAGACAAGCACGUGAAGAAGAAGUAUCACAAGGUCAGUAAGAUAUAUUAUUAUGGCUUUGUCUGCAAGCAGAUUCUGUAUUCUGAUUGGCUACUCAAGUGGGCAAGGUGGACUCAUCUUGCCCUUUCGAGAUCUCCCACAUUAUUCCCGCAAGAAAAAGUUCUCUUUAUGGCCACAAAAUAAAUCUUUUAUUAACCAAGCUUGUUCAUUGAAAAUGGCUGGGUAUUGGCCUCAUUCUUUUUUGCUUAUUAUGACGUCAAUUUUGUUUAAUUUAGUGUUCUUUUUAAAAGUUAAAGAUUAACAGUGACUGUAAUUUUGUUCAUUUGUUUGCAGAACUCCUUGCCAGUUGCACCUUGGGUGAUUUGCCAAAGGUCCAGGAGCUUUUAAAAGAAGCAAGUGCUACAGCAGUCAACAAGCGUUACCAAGGAGGCAGUACACUCCUGUAUAAGUAAGUAGUAUGCUUGAAUAAACAAAUUCUGUUUAUUCAAACUCAGUAUUUACAAGGAAGUGGGGACUGUUUAAAGUGCCACAUUUGCCAAUCAGCCAGUGGCAGGCUAGCCUCCCACGCAGGCAUUUUUAGGGAAGCUUGUGUUUCAUCCCUCCCCACAAACGCCUGCUCAACUGAGAACAACAUUCCAUUCCCAAGCUUAGCCAAUCACAUUGUACUUUCCAAAUUCUGGAAAGUUGACCUCGACCACCGGGUAACCCAACAAUUACUCGGUCUGCAUGAAACACAAGGAGAGCUUUAUGACCUCUAAUAAAAUGUUGGACUCAGAGUGGCAAAAGUACGAUUUAGAGUACUAUGUGCAUUGCAUAACGUUAGUGAAGGAAAGAAAAAAAGGGAAAAGGUAACUCUGGCGUCAUGUUUUUACACUACCACGAGCUUAUGAGUCUUGUUUAGCCUGUGAACACUUUUUUUCACAGCUGUUGAUUGGUCACGUACCACGUGAAUAAAACAGUGGGAAAGAAAUAUUGUUCUCCGUUGAGCAGGCGUUUGUGGGGAGGGACGAAACACGAGCUCCCCUAAAAAUGCCUGCAUGGGAGGCUAGUGGCAGGCAAGUUCUUUCCAAGACUCUACCUCUGCAUCCUUCAUGAAAUUCCAUAUUGAUGACAAUACCUGUCACUACCCAGAUCUGGGUAAUUCUUCUGAUUGGUCCUGCCGUGAGGAAAAUUUCCUUCAACCAAUCAGAAGCACUAUGCAGAGCUUGGUAGUGACACGUCAUCAGUAUGGAAUUUCUGUGCUUGUUCCUCAGGUUUUAUUUCGCGAGGAAACCAGUGGUGGCAUCACAAAAUGCCAGCUGUUUUCUUAGUCUAUUGUGCUACAAGAUUUCUCCUGUUUCUCCCCCACCCAGUGCACAUACAGUAUUGACCAUGAUUUUCCCUUCGUUUUAAUAACUCAGGGCUUGUCAUGGUGGCCAUCUAGAAGUGGCAAGACUUCUCUUGAAGGUAGGUGCUGAUGGCUCUCCAAACAUGUUCACGGGAAUCACACCACUCUAUGCUGCCUGUCUGAGUGGUAAUGCUGAUUUGGUCAGUCUCAUGGUUCAAGCUGUGCCGCAGACAAUUAACCUUGCUAGUAAAAUGGACAAAGCCACACCUCUUCAUGUGGCAGCCGGAGAAGGCAGCGAGGAAAUUAUUAAAAUUCUCCUGCAAGUUCCUGAGUAAGUACUUAUGCCAACUUUGCUUUCUUUUUGUUCAAAAGGUUUCUUACAUUUAAUAAUAAUUAUUAUUCAUUCAUUCUCGGAGGGUGUUAUCCGCCUCGGCCUAGGGCCUCGACGGAUAACACCCUCCUCGAUCUCCAUAAUUCUUCAUAAGAUACUCAGCCGCCAGGCGGUGUGCACACUACGAUCGCUAAGCAUCAUGGGCGGUAUUCAAAAUCUGAUCAUUUGUGUCAAGAUGGCGUGGAGUGAACAUCUCGACUGCGGAGUGAAUAUUCGUUAAUUACGCUGUAGAUAUAUACGAUUUUGCUUUGAAUGUCCUCCGGAAGCCCUUGAAAAAGAAAGUCUGUCCAAUUCUCAAGGAAAAAACAGUCUCAUUCCGUUGAUAAGUGUAUUCUGGUGUAUUUUGUUCGUAAUCACUUGCAUCCUGUUUGCAACUGACCGAGAAAAGUCGGCACAGAAACGCUUUGUUCAAUACUUCAAUCAUGAAAAGCACUGGAGGUAAGACCCGCGGUUCGCCGAAAAUUUUUUAAUUCACCGUGAAAUCAGUGCAACUAGUGCUAAGAGGUACUGAUGUGCAUAGCUGUGAUAUACUCAUAAAAUACUAGGAGCUUCUUCAGAAUACCCGGCAACGGUAUUUAAACACAGUGAGCUUAUUUUGUUUUGUCAUUCAGCAUUGCAAGAUGUUCACUUACUAGCUGUAAUAAGAGAAUCGAAGUUGAGGGGGUCAUCGUUUCGAGGACUUGCUUCUCUGUUGGCACCAAGUCUGCAUUUCGUUUUGCUUAACAUCUGUAUUUAUCAUCACAUGAAGACAAGUAAAUAAAGUAGAGAGUAUUUGUGAACAGUGAACUUGUGUCCUCUUUAUAGAUAAUAUAAUAUUGAGCAUCUUUAUUUGCCAUAUUUUUCUAUUGGUAUGAGUCAUAGAAUGUCUUAUAACUGGAUUGAAACUGAAAAUGGCAUAUUUGUGAUUACAAAGCCUGAUGCAGUCAAUAGAUUUUAAAAGCUGCAGCCAAUAUUUGUUUAAUGAUUGUGUCAGUAUGUACAAACACAUGUUAUCACAUAUUUUUUUGGAUUAUAAAAACUCUUCAAAAUGUGAAAUUCGUAAAUGUUUACAAAUCUCCUGUAAUCAGGGCUGGGGCAACAUAGCUUGAGACCCCUUUCCUUUCUCCUCACCCCAAUUUUAUAAUUUAAAUAUGGUGUCAUAGGUCUCAUCAUACUCACAGUCAACUCUGUUAUACAGACACUGAGGGGACUGUAGAAAUUAACCAUCUUAAUUUAGAGAAAAUUUUAGGGCUUUUUUCCAGGGAACAAAGCAAGCUAUCUGUAAUGAUGAGCAAGGCUGUGCUCUAAGGAACAUUGAAAGGAGCCUAGUUCUCUGAACCUGUAAAAUCUAGGCUGUCCAGCAUAUGAUUUGUAUGAAAAGUCUGAGAUUUUCUAGUCACCCAAAAGCAAAAGUUAGGUGCCAGGGGCCACAGGGCUCUGCUAGAGCACAGCCUUGAUCAAGUGUCUGUAUGAAGCAGUUGUCCGUAAAGAGGGCUUUUGGGUUACCAGUUAUUGCAGAGGUGGAUCCUAGUGGUACAGUAAAACCCCCUGACUUAGAACCUGAAUUUCAAGAACCUGUUCAGCUAAAAUAAAAUUAUGCCAGAUGAGCCCCCUCUAUAUAAAAACCUGUUUAGCCUAAAAUUUGAAACAGGUUCUUAUUUUUGAAAUCUAUGAAAAAAUUCUGUACACUUGAGCAGAGAUAAAUCAACAUUUAGAAUCUUCUUUGGAGACAAAGCUGUCUUAUCACUCCAACUGCAAUGUAAAUGCCAAUGUUUAAAUUUAAAUACAUUCCUCUUUUUAUGUCCAUUCUCACAUAACUUCUAAUUUGGUAUGCAGACUUUAUAUGAGGAAUAAGGUGAAACACAAAUACUCUUAGCUACAUUUUUACUUCGGAAAUUUUAAAAACCUAAAUAGCCUAAAAUUGCGCUAACUACUAUUUAUAUAAGAAUCUGUUUAGGCUUACUUAGUUAAUUCAGGUUCUUAGUCUCAUGAUUUUACUGCCCCAUUGUUCCACUUUUUCUAUUUCCUUUCCCUGUCACCAUUUUUUCAGCCUUGGUUUUCCAAUAUCAAAAGCACAUUCAAUGAUUAAGCAAUUUAUAUUUUAACUAAAGCCACCAAAAUAUGCAAAUUGUUUGAUAUAUAUUAAACAGUGUAAACGGGUAAACAGAUUGAAUGACAUCACUUAGCCUGUGUGGCAGGCAUUUCAAAGAAAAGGGAAAGUGGGUCUUGGUGCAAGAGAAAUGUGAGGGAAGGAGGGAGGGAAAUGCCUGCCAUACAGGAGACUAAUUGUUUUUUGCAUUAUAAACAUCAACCAGGUGAAUGUUCAAAUCACUCCCUCCUUCCUCGUGCACUCUUCGCAUUUCUCUUGUGCCCAAAGCCCCUCUCCCUUUCCUUUUAAAUGCCUACUAUGGAGGCUAAUCACCAC